UUAAAGAAUGGAGAAACCCAUCAUUGUGGUUGGUUGGUUGAGCAUAUUGAUUUGUUCAAUUGCUCAAAUUCAUUGGUUAAGUGCAUUUCUGACUCUGGUUUUUUCCUUCAUGGGCAGGAUUUGCAUGCACACAUAAUAAGGGAACAUUAUUAUAGUGGUGUGGAGUUGGCCAAUGCUUUGCCUAGGACGUGCACUUCUAAGCUGAAUCCAAAUUUGUGUUUGUUUCCUGAAUAUUUUGCUGGGGAUAUUCAGACACCGCUCUUUGGACUAGAAUCAGCUUUCGAUAGUUUUCAGGUUCUAUACGAAGUAGGAUUCACUAGCUGCGCUCGUAACUUGAACUUAUCGACCUGCAACUCUACCGAAAUAGAACUCAUGAGAGAAUUUCGAACGACAUUCAUAGAAACAUUAGUUGGACUGAAGCACUCUCUUAGCAGAGGUACGUUUGUUCACUCUUGUUAUCGUCAUGGCCACUUCCCAGAUUCUCAAACGAGCAUUUCUCUUGCAAAUAAAACAAUGAGGGAAGCCAUUGUAGAUUGGUACUAUGAUCGAAGUUCCAUUCGAGAAGUAGACACUCAACAUGAGUCACCGCAAGAUUGUUCCAUUCAUUCCUUUGUUCCGAGGUUGUUGAACAAGUUCUCUCUUACAUCACUGCCUAGCAAUAGAUUGAGUUUUAUUUUCCCUUUUUUUUCUUUUUGUAUUCCUAAACUUAUUUUUUUAUACACCUACAUGCAUGUGGGGAAUGAUCAAUUGCUAACUCAUCAUUUAAUUACUAACUUCAAUUAAUUUAAGACCAUGGGAUUUUAGAAA